AUGACAAAGCCUCCCUCCUCAACAAAUCAGCAAGAGACUCAUUCUGUGUCUUCUCCUCGGCUCAGGGAAAGCAAUAAAACAAUGAGUCUGGAGAUAGAUAAUGAUCAUGAGAAACCAGCUGUCACAAUCACACGUCUCAUCGAACAGCUUCAUGCCAAGAAAUCAUCAACGCAAGAAAAAGAGCUCAGCACCGCUCGAAUUCUCGGUCUAGCCAAAGGUAAAAAAGAAUGUAGAAAGAUCAUUAGCCAGAACGUGAAUGCCAUGCCUGCCUUCAUUUCACUUCUCAGGAAUGGAACCCUCUUGGCAAAACUCAAUUCUGCUUCGGUCCUGACCGUUCUAUGCAAAGACAAAAAUGUUCGUUCUAAGGUAUUGAUAGGCGGAUGCAUCCCGCCGCUGCUGUCACUUUUGAAAUCUGACUCUGUGGAUGCAAGAAGAGCUGCGGCCGAGGCUAUAUGUGAAGUUUCCUUGUGUGGAAUGGAAGAUGAUAAUGUAGGUAAUAAGAUAUUUGUCACGGAAGGUGUAGUACCAACUUUGUGGGAUUUAUUAAAGGCAAAGAAAAAACAGGACACGAUAGUUGAAGGGUUUUUGGUUGGAGCUUUGAGAAAUCUUUGUGGCGAUAAAGAUGGUUUUUGGGCAUUAACACUUGAAGAUGGUGGAGUCGAUAUCAUCCUUAGCCUUCUUCAGUCUAGUAACCCGGUAUCUCAAUCAAAUGCAGCUUCUCUCUUAGCUCGUCUUAUUAGGAUUUUCACUAGUAGCAUCUCAAAAAUAGUAGAGUCAGGUUCUGUGCAAGUUCUGGUUCAACUUCUAGGUGAGGAAAACAGUGUUGUCGUACGUGCCAAUGUAGCCAAUGCUCUAGAAGCCAUUACAUCAAAGUCCGAAGAAGCAAAAAAUGUGGCAAGAGAUUUGGAUGGGAUACACCUUCUGAUUGGUGCAGUUGUAAUUUCAUCUAAAGAGUCAGUGGAUAAAGAAAAUGAACGCAUCUUACAAAUUCAUGGGACACAAGCUUUAGCAAACUUAUGCGGAGGAAUGUCUGGUUUGAUAGUGUAUCUUGGAGGGCUAUCUUUGUCUCCGCGCCUCACUGAGCCCAUCGCUGAUAUUCUUGGAGCUCUUGCUUAUGCUCUAAGGAAGUUUCAGCUAAGUUGUGAUGAUGAUUUUGAUCCAACACUAACAGAAGGAAUACUAGUGAAACUACUAAAGCCGCGAGAUACUCAGUUGAUCCAAGAACGUAUCUUGGAGGCUAUGGCAAGUCUAUAUGGUAACACUAAUCUAUCAGAAAAACUCAACAAUGUGGAGGCUAAGAGGGUUUUAGUCAAUCUUACAAUCUUGUCCACAGCUGGUCCACGUGAGCGGAUGAUAACCUGUUUGUCAAAUUUAUACAAAUAUGAUAAUGUUUGGGAUGCUAUUGGGAAGAGAGAAGGGAUACAAAUCCUAAUACCAUAUCUUGGAUUGUCAAGCGAACAACAUCAAGAACUGUCAGUUGAAUUCUUAGCGAUCUUGACUGACAAGGUCGAAGAAAGUAGAUGGGCUGUUACUUCUGCAGGCGGGAUUCCUCCAUUAUUGCAGAUACUAGAGACUAGUGUAUCUCACAAGGCAAAGGAUGAUGCAGUCCGUGUCAUUUGGAACCUAUGUUGUCACAGUGAAGAGAUCCGUCUCUGCCUUGAGGAAGCAGGAGCUAUUCCUGCACUUUUGGGGCUUUUAAAGAACGGUGGACCAAAAUCCCAAGAGUGGUCAGCAAAUACCCUUAUGAAACUGAUCAAAACAGCUGAUCCAAUUGUUAUCGAGCAAGUACAAGCUUUGUUUCUUGGAGAUGUUCCUAAAUCAAAGGCUCAUUUGGUAAGAGUUCUAGGCCAUGUUCUUGCAUCGGCUACUUUAGAGGAAUUCGUCACCAAGGGUUCUGCAGCGAAUAAUGGAUUGAGGUCUCUUGUCCAGAGACUUGCCUCAUCAAAUGACAAGAUGAAAGAGAAUGCAACUUCUGUAUUGGCUGAUUUAUUCAAUUCAAGAAAAGACCUUUGUGGUGGUCUUGGAUUUGAUGAGAAUGACAAUCCCUGCACCAAACUUUUAAGUGGAAACACUCAUGCUGUUGCAACACAGUUAGCGCAUGCCUUAGGCUCUCUAUCUAAUCCAACAAAGAAAAAGAGUACUGGCCAAAAGAAGUUAUCUAGUCCAGAAGUCGAAGUGAUCAAACCAUUGAUAAAGUCAGCAAAAACAAACCCUAUCGAGUCAACAGAGAAUCCUAUGUCGACUCUUGCUAACCUUCUUUCAGACCAAAAUGUUGCAGCUGAAGCAUUAAAUGAUGAUGUUGUUUCUGCAUUGACGAGAGUGCUGAGAGAGGGAACCCUACAAGGUAAAAGGAAUGCUUCGCAUGCUCUUCAUCAAUUACUAAAGCAUUUUCAGGUCGAUGAUGUGUUCAAAGGAAAUGAUCAGUGUCGGUUUGCUGUUUCCGAACUCAUUGAUCUCUUAAACACAACUGAUACGAACAAUAGCGCUUUUAUCGAUGUUCUAGAAGUACUCUCUUUACUGGCCAAAGCUAAAUAUGGUGCUAACUUGUCCCAUAACCCAUUUUCUACAUUCACUGAAGUUCCUUCGUGUUUGGACUCUCUUGUUCGCGGUGUGGCUGAAGGUCAUCCGUUGGUCCAAGAUAAAGCAAUAGAGAUUUUGUCUCGCUUCUGCAAGACACAGUUUUUAUUGUUAGGUCAACUUUUGGUGAUACAGUCAAAAUCAAUUUCUUCACUGGCCAAUAGAAUAAUCAACUCAUCUAUUCAUGAAAUAAAAGUCGGAGGGGCUAUGUUGCUUGUUUGUGCAGCAAAGAACGACAAGAAAUUAUGGACGGAAACAACUGGACGAUCAGGGUAUUUGAAAAGCUUAGUAAAAACUCUUCUUGAUAUGUCAAAGGAGAACUCUAAAUCUUCUUCAUAUGGAAUUGAAAUUCAAAGACCAAGAUCUUGCAUUACAAGCAUUUUGUGCUUAACCAUGGAUGGCUCUCAAAUGGUUGAUCCAGUUACUAUCUUGGGAAGCACCGUCUCCAUGUGGUUACUUUCUAUUAUUUGCUCUUCUCAUCCCAAAAACAGACUUGUUGUCAUGGAAACCAAUGGACUUGACAUUAUUGUAGAAAAGCUUCAAAAAAUUAAGUCCAACAAUACAGAGGACAAUUUCUCCGAUUCCGAAGAAAAAUGGAUUGCUAUGUCAUUCUUAGCUGUUAUGUCUCAAGAACCAAACAUUGUCUCAUCUCCUAUAACAGAAAAUCUUUUGCCAACACUAGCACCUUUCAUGCAAUCUGAUCAGAUGAUUGAUGGAUAUUUUACUGCACAAGUAUUGGCAGCACUAGUUCGUCAAAAGAAUGACAAGAUCAUUUCAGAAAUCAUGGAUUCAGAUAUAGUACAAACUACAAUAAACUUGGUAGGGUGUGAAGAAUCAGACACAAGGACUUUUUGUGCUUUAGCAGAAGAGUUAUCUUUGGUACAAAAUCCUUUUGAAGCCACUUUAGAGGCACUCUUUGAAGAUGAAAGAGUAAGACGUAGUUCAUUUAUGAAAGAAAAUAUUUUUUUGCUGGUGAAUCUCUUGAAGCCAAAUGUAGACAAAGUUGGAGCUACUCCAGUGGUUGUUCGGCUUCUAAGUCGUAUUGCAGAGUGUGGCGAUUCAAGUAAAUUACUUAUCACUGAAGCUGGAGCUCUGGAUGCUUUAGUGAGGUAUCUUUCUUUGAGUCCUCAAGAUUCGAAUGAGAUAAUUGUUUAUCAACUAUUAGAAUCACUGUUCCGCAACCCAGAAGUUACACGGCAUAAAACAACUAUAAAUUCCAUGAAGCAACUUAUUGGAAUUCUUCAUCAUGAUUCUAGAAGUACCCGUUACAAUGCUGCAAGGGUGCUUUGCGAACUUUUUAGCCAUGAACACGUCAGAGAUUCUGAAUUAGCAUGGAAAACACUUUCCCCUCUUCUAGAAAUGUUGAAUACUAAAUUGGAGAGUGAGAAAGUGGCUGCUCUUACAGCUUUGGUGAAACUAACUAUGGGAACUAGUCCAAGCCCAUAUAUUCUUACCAGUCUUGAAGGCAACCCAUUGGAGAACAUUUACAAAACUUUAUGUUCAGAUAGUUCAUCGCUUGAAUCAAAGACAAGUGCUGCGAGGGUAUGCCGCUUUCUAUUUACCAGUGAAGUUUUGAGAACAAACUCAUCCGCCGUAGGUUGCAUGGCACCUCUUAUAUCACUAAUCCGAUCAGGAACAAGCACAGCUAUAGAAGCUGGAAUGUUUGCACUUGACAUACUCUUGGAUAGCAAAACAUUCUCAGAUGUCGCAGAAGAACAUGAUUGUGUGAACCUGUUUUAUGGCUUUGUGGCUUCUGAAAACUAUCUGAUCAGUGAGGCUGCAAUUUCUUGUCUUGUGAAAAUGGCUAAAGACAACACUCCGCGUAAAAUGGAUCUUAUUAAAAUGGGUAUAAUCAAGAAAUGCCUUGGUCAACUCUCUAGAUCUCCUACGUGUUCUUUGUGUUCAGUAAUCGCAGAGCUUUUCAGAGUUUUGACGAAUGUUGGUGUUGUAGCUAGAAGCCAAGAUGCAAUAAAAAUGGUACAACCACUCCUCUUGAUGAUUUUGAUUAGACAAGACUUGGAUUUUCAAGGCCAGCUCAGUAGUUUACAAGCUGUCGCAAACAUCUUGGAAAAGCCAAAGAUUCUUGAAUCAUUAAAUAUUUCAUCGUCUGCUGUCAUUACGCCUAUGAUACCAUUGCUUGAAUCUGAAUCUUUAGCGGUCAAAAAUGCAACGGCAGAACUACUGACCUCACUACUCAAAAUGCCACGUUUCCAAGAAGAGAUAAUGACUAAGGAUCUCGUUGCUCCUCUUGUGAAAUUAGCGGGGAUCAAAGUAAGAAACUUGCAAGAGACAGCGUUGAUGGGUUUGGAGAAAUCUUCAGUUACAUGGACAAAAGACGUAGCUGAUGCCGAAGGAAUUCAAGAGCUUUCCAAGGUUAUUAUCGACGAAGAUCCUCAACUUCCUGUAUAUCUUUGGGAAUCAGCAGCUUUCAUUCUCUGCAACAUCCUCAGAUUCAAUCCAGAACACUAUUACUUUACAGUGCCUAUACCAGUUGUAGCAAAAAUGUUGUUCUCAACAGCUGAGAGCAUAGUGAUCUUAGCCAUAGACGUAUUGAUCAUCCGUGAGAACCAAGAUUCAUUAAGCGUCUUGGAAAUGGUUGAAGCUGGUGCACUCGACGCAUUACUAGAUCUACUAAGAUCACACCACUGCGAAGAACACUCUGGAAGAUUACUCGAAUUAAUACUACGCAGUCCAAAGGUUAGAGAGACAAAGAUAUGCCAGUUUGUAAUAACUCCCUUGUCAGAGUAUAUACUAGACUUAAACACAACAUCAGAAUCCGCAAAGCUUCUUGUAGCCAUGGCUUUAGGUGACAUAUCUCAACACGAAGGACUAGCUAAAGCCACUGAUACUCCUCUGGCUUGUCGCGCAUUAAUCAGUUUGAUAGCGGAGGAACCGAGCAACGAGAUGCAAAUGGUUGUGAUUUGUGCAUUAGGAAACUUUGCAAUGCAUAGUAGAACAAGUCGUAAAGCUAUAGCUGAAGCUGGUGGAGUGUGUUUGGUUCAAGAGAUGCUUAGAUCUUGUAACCCACAAGUUUCUACACAAGCAGCUCUAAUGAUCAAAUCUCUCUUCUCAAACCAUACACUUCAAGAAUACGUCUCCGGUGAAAUCAUCAAAUCUUUAACAACUGCUAUGGAGAGAGAGUUAUGGACGACGGCGAUGGUAAACGUGGAAAUAGUAAGAACACUAAACGCGAUUCUCACGACGUUUCCCAAACUCCGUUCGUCGGAAGCAGCCACCGCUUGCAUCCCUCACUUAAUUGGAGCUCUAAAAUCCGGCGAGCAAGAAGCGAGAGCUACAGCAAUGGAUACCAUAUACACAAUGCGACAAUCGUGGACAACAAUGCCGACGGAGAUAGCGAAAUCUCAGGCGGUUUUAGCGGCGGAGGCGAUACCGGUUUUGCAAUUGAUGAUGAAAUCAAAAUCUCCGGCUCCAUCGAGCUUUCACGAGAGAGGUAACAGUCUCUUGAAUUCUUUGCCGGGAAGUCUCACGGUGGCGAUCAAACGCGGCGAUAACCUGAAACGUUCCAAUGCGUUUUGCAGAUUAAUCAUCGAUAAUUGUCCCAGCAAGAAAACCAAGGUUGUGAAACGAAGCAGCUCACCGGUUUGGAAAGAAUCAUUCACAUGGGACUUUGCUGUACCUCCAAGAGGACAGUUUCUUGAAAUCGUAUGCAAAUCUAACAACAUCUUCCGAAACAAAAAUAUGGGAAGAGUGAUGAUCCCAAUCGAUAAAGUAUUGACAGAAGGGAGUUACAGUGGAAGUUUCAAGCUGAGUGAUGACAGCAAUAAAGAUGAUUCUUCUAAUAAAAGUCUAGAAAUCGAUAUUGUCUGGUCCAAUCAGACAUUUUAAUUUAAUUAUCAUUUAAAAUG